GUCACCGUACACGACGAGCAUCACAACCACCAUCACCACACUCCGACUACGAGCACACAACGAACGCAUACAUUUCGUAUGUUUUUUUACGAACGCGCGUGCCUGUAUGUAUUUAAAGCGACAAUAACAUACGCGUAACGGACACCUCCUGGCCUCUUCGGCGUACCGCGAUCGGCCAUGACGCGUUCGGUUCCGCGGUCGUGAUGCUCUCGGCCUACCGAUGACGGUGACGAGAUACUUUACUGUGGACUCUAUCGUCCAACCGGUACAGCCCGCUGCGUCGGCCGUGGUACCGACCGCCACCGACGAAGACGACGCGAUGGUCACGGUGUACGCUCGUGACAGGAGCCACCCGAUUGCCAUCCCAGCGGCCACUCCGGCCACUCCAACCACCACCGCCUCCGUAUCAUGUUCGCCGCAGCCCCGACCGGUCCAGCCUACCACCGCCGACCCGGUUAUUGGUCAACAGCCCGCUGUCGUUUGCCGACAGAGUUCUACGACUACGACGGCAGAGGCAACGAUCACGAUGGUUAUGGACAAUUUGACGUCGCAGAACGCACUCCAAAAACGAUAUUCAAACACCGAUCUGAUGGAUAAACUUUUGGAAGACAUAUACAGGGUGGGCUCAAGUAGUGGGGCGUCCGAGUCAUCGACGGACCAGACGAACUGGAGUGACGGUGGUCGAAACACGAUCACAUCCAGUUGCAAGGGAUGGUCCAAAAGACUAGCGAGAAAAAGCAUGGAAGAGCUUAGCACCACUGUCGAUUUGCUCAGGGACCAAUUGAACGUAUGCUGCGAUUCAUUGGUGAAGGCGUUGAAGCGGAGAGACAUUCUUAUAGCGCGACGGGACGCUAAAUGCAACAUGAUCACAGCGCUUUUGCAUGCAUAUUCGAUGAAAAGAAACCGUCCGGCGUACGGAUCGUCGCCUGAAUCCCGUCCGGGCGAUAACGACGAGAGGCGAAACCGAUUUUCCUUAUCAAAACGCAUUUGGAAGACGGGCGAUGUGAUGAAUGGGUUGCUCAACACGUUGAAGAACAUUGCCAGUCUCAGCGAAGACACCAAAAUGAGAUUCAACAUGAAGCCGGGCCCCGGGGACAGUGACUUCGAACAGUGGCAGAGCGCUAUGAAAAUGGUCGCAAGACUUCCGGACGGCGUGCCGCACGAAUUCCGUAACACGUUAUGGCUGACACUAGCGGAAAAGUACUUGAAGUCCAGGAAUGUGGAGUGGGCCAAAGUGGAACGGUUUUGCUUCAACGACACGACCAAUCCAGACGACGAAGAGCUCGGCGUGCAAAUCGUCAAGGAUCUGCACCGGACCGGGUGCAGCUUGUUCUGCGGUUCUUCCGGGCUAGAAAACCAGGCUUUGCUGAAACGUGUGCUGCUGGGUUUUGCCCGGUGGAACAAAGCAGUCGGCUACUGCCAGGGGUUCAAUAUGUUGGCCGCACUCAUACUGCAAGUGAUGGAAAAAAACGAAUCAGACGCACUUAAGGUUAUGAUAUAUUUGAUCGAAGGCGUGUUGCCGGAAGGGUACUUUGCCAACAACCUCAGAGGAUUGUCCGUCGACAUGGCCGUGUUCAGAGAUUUACUGCGCGUCAGACUUCAAAACCUCUCAAGGCAUCUGGACAGGUUGCAAACCGAAUCAAAAGACUCCGGAACCAGCUACGAGCCGCCUCUGACGAACGUGUUUACAAUGCAAUGGUUUCUCACGUUGUUCUGCAACUGUCUUCCACAACGCACGGUGCUCCGGGUCUGGGAUCUGAUAUUCCUCGAAGGGAGCACGGUGCUAUUAAAAACCGCUCUAGCCAUCUGGGACGCAUUGUCCGACCGAAUAAUGACUGUGACAAGUGCAGACGAAUUUUAUAGUAUUAUGGCUGUCCUCACCAGAGAAAUGCUCGAGUUCGGUUUAAUGGACGCCAACAAUUUAAUCAAUACAAUCAGUACGAUGAAUGAACUGGUUGAAGUCAAAGAACUCCGUGAAAGAUACAUGUACAACAUAAACCCGUGGGUCAGCCACAUGGCGAAACGGGGACUGAGGUUGUUCUAUACGGAGUCCGAUGUGGAGGAGACGGAUAGCGAUGACGAUAUCGACAGUAAAUCGACGGUGGUCGUCGCGAGCAACGACACAUCGAAGACAAGAAAUAGCAAAACUGGCAGAGGUAACAGACAACCGACUCCCAGUCUGGAGUCUGAAAGAGAGAAAGUAGCACUUGAUAUAUCUUUGCUGAAGAAGCAGUACAGUAAGCUUAAAGAAAGGCAGAAACAAGUUCAAGUGAUUUUAACAGCUGCCUGUAAUGGACAAAACUUUAUCAGUACGUCCAAUUCUUCAGCAAUGAAUCAUUUAUUAUUUGGCAAAACGGCGCUGCGGUGCACUUCCAUCGGACCCAUACCUGGCUCCAUACCUUUGAAAUACAUACAGGACGUCAAAAAGCCUGAAGUCAAAAUAGACCCAAGAGUCGUCGAAAAACGUACAGUCUCGACGUCUUCGUCCACUUCGUCCACUUCUACCGAGCUCUGCGACGACCCCGCAUCCGACUGUUCCAGCGAGCGGUCGGUCAAAGACAACGGCCGCGACGACGGCGACACGUGCAACGACUGUGAUAGGAACCAGAUGGGCGACGAUGUGAAAUCAUGCUAUGACUGUGAUAGGAGUUGGACCGAGGACGGAGCCGAUGACGUGGUAGGACCGGUGGUGGAGAAGCAGUACAACGACGUUGUCGAGGACGACCAGGAAGUUGACGACGUGAGCCUUGCCGAAAUGUUGCGAGCCAACUCGGAACUGUUGGACCGGAUGUGUAGAGGAGACGGCGAGGGCACGUCGGUGAUCACGCCUCCGGAGAAGACGUCCGUGGUUGACUUGGAAGAUCGGUUACCCGAUUUGAUCAACGACAUCGACGUUUUCAGCGGGUCCUUGGUAACGGCCUCAGAGCCCAAGUCCGGAGGCUCGUUAGCCGACGUGUCCUCCGGGGGUUUGGACGGAGAAUCACGGUUGUCGCCGACGCAAUCGGGAGCAGCAGAAGACAACGACUUCAGCGGCGACGAUCGCGCCGUAACCGUGAAACCGUUCGAUCCGUUUCCUUCGAAAGCCCGACAGCCCAAACGACUCAGCAUUGAGUUGGGCCUGUACCCAGACAGUUCGAAUUGAUCGAUAUAAGUUAUUCUUCCUUUUUCGUCAAUAGUUCAUAACAAAAAAUACAAUCAUCGUCUAAGGAAUUUUUAUAAAAAAAAAAUUUUUUUCGUUUAUUUUCGAUAAUAGUAUCGUUAUUUAAUGUAUUUUCUAUAUUUAUUAUUACUAUAACACAGGUACUCGUAUUGUUAAGAACGGCCACGUGACAUUGACUCUUACGUUAGUACACGGGACUAUGUUAAAGACCAUUUGUCCAUGUAAACGUUUUUGGAAAUUUUACCACACUUGUGAUUUUUUGUAAAAAAAAAAAAAAAAUCUAAACAUUAUUUCUUCUAAUAUUUAUAAUACUCAGUUUUGAUAACAAUAACAUGUUAUUAUUUAGAAAUACGCAUUACAUAUGUACAUAGCUUUAAACGAAGAUGCCAAUGACCGCCGUCGAUAUUAUCUAAUACAUUUACAUUGAUUAUUAUUUUUGUGUUUCGAAGUAUUUUUAUUAAUAAUAUAAUAUAAUAUAUAU